GCGCCGGCCCCGGCCAGCCCGCGCAGCCGCGCGCCGAUGCGCCGCGCUGAGGGCGGCGGGAUGGCGCUGUGGCGGGGGCUGCGCUGCUGCCGCCGCGCCUUCGCCUGGCUGCCCGUGCUGCUCAUCGCGCUGCUCCUGCUCUGGUCCUACUACGGAUACGUCUGCGAGCUCUGCUUCGUGACUGUGAGCAACCCUGUGGAGAAAGUGGCCUAUCUUGUAGUAUUCCAUAUUCUCUUUGUGCUCUUUGUGUGGGCAUACUGGAAGUCUGUUUUCACUCUCCCAAUACAACCAGGCAAGAAGUUCCACAUGUCCUACGCUGACCAGGAGCGCUACGAGAAUGAGGAGAGACCCGAGGUGCAGCGGCAGAUCCUCGCCGAGAUCGCCAGGAAGCUGCCGGUGUACACCAGGACAGGGAACGGAGGGAUUCGGUUCUGUGACAGAUGCCAGCUGAUCAAACCUGAUCGUUGUCACCAUUGCUCAGUUUGUGCCAUGUGUGUGCUAAAAAUGGAUCAUCACUGUCCAUGGGUGAAUAACUGCAUUGGAUUUUCUAACUACAAAUUCUUUCUACUGUUCUUAGCCUAUUCUUUGUUGUAUUGCUUGUAUAUUGCUGCAACAGUCUUCAAGUAUUUCAUUAAGUAUUGGACAGGUGAGCUGACCAAUGGACGUUCCAAAUUUCACAUCCUUUUCCUUCUCUUUGUGGCAGUCAUGUUCUUUGUGAGCCUCAUGUUUCUGUUUGGCUACCACUGCUGGCUCGUCAGCAGGAACAGAUCCACUCUAGAGGCUUUCUCAGCUCCAGUGUUUCAAAAUGGCCCAGAUAAAAAUGGAUUCAAUCUUGGCUUUGUGAAGAAUCUCCAGCAAGUGUUUGGGGAAGAAAAAAAGCUCUGGUUGCUGCCUAUUGCCUCUAGCCAGGGGGAUGGACAUUUUUUCCCAAUGAGAGCCCUGAGUGAAGCUCGGAACCCUCUCCUGACAAAUGAGGAGCAGUGGGAAGAGGAUGGAAUAGAUGAAGAGCCUCAGGGUUCUGGGGAAGCCUCAUCCCUUGCCAUAGAAAGGGAGACAUAGCAGUGUGAAAGCACAGUGCUGUAAAGCUGCACCACAAAGCUUCCCUCUCAGGAGCCAACAUCCCUUCUCUUGGCAAGAACUUCAGUUUUGAGGGGCAGAAAACAGGUGGAUCUUCAAGAUAAGAAAACAUCCUGAAGUAUUGUCUGAUGGGAAUCUGCAUUCCAGAGUGCUUCUCCAGGAAUCCUGCUGUCCAGAUGUCCCAAGGCUUUAUAAGUUUUAAGUUACAGAGUUAACAGAACACUUUUACAGAGUGAUUCUGGCCAAUCUUCUUUGGCCUGCUCUCUUUAUUUUAUAAAUACUAUAUAUUUUUUAUUCAAAAUAGGUAAAAAUGUUGAUGCGAGUGCAUUUCCAAAGGCCUUUUUAUUUUGCAAAUAUCAGGGACUCGAGCUCUUGAAAUUCUUCCAAGCCAUAAUAUUCUUGGGGAUGGUUAUUUAUUUUGAGGCUGAUUCUCCAACCUUCUCUGACAAGUGGCAUUUUCUAAUGUGUUUAAAUUCUGAGUCAGUUCAGCUCAAUGCAAGACAGACCCAGUUAAAUCUGGCACUAAAUUGGUAGCUGAAUGUAAGUGUUGAAAGCAGAAGUGCUGAACAUGCACACGUACAUGUGCAGCUGUGAAUGAAAAUAAAAUAUUCACAUUGCCAGUAUCAAGAUUCAAGAAUAUUGUGGCCAUAGAUUUUUUUUAAACUUUUUUUAGGAGGGUGUUAUUGUCUUAGAGUCUGGGUUAUAGUGCUUUUGCAUCCUACCUGCAGGCUCCUAAAAUGCAAAAGGGAACUUCAGACAGUCCAGUUUGCAUUAAUUCCUAGGGCUAAAAUAUCAUCUCAUUCCUGGAUCAGUGUUUGAUGGAGAUUUGUGUCUUCUUGCAGUCAGAAAGGGAGAUGUGAAUUCGAAACAUGCACUGAAAAUGCUCCAAGAAUUGUGUUUGGAGUUUACACUCCACAGGAGUGGCUUGAAUCCCAAAUUGCUGAAGACACAGUUGAUAUACUGAAUUUUUUCAGACUUCUUCCCAGCUCAGUGCACUGACUGGCUUCAGGGAUUUCUGCACUAAGAGGUAUCAGAGUUGUUUCUGCAUUUGCUGCAUUUACAGUCAAAGAGGUUAUCCCUGGUUUUGUUCUGGGGAGUGGAACUGACACUUGGCUGGCCACAUUAUGGACAUUUUUCUAGACCCGAGUCCUUUUAUUUUUAAUCUGCAUGAUUCAGCCCAGUCCAUCAUUCUUGUUUGAAUUAGGUGCAUGCUAAAAGUAUUGGUGUACUGCCUCUAAGAUCAUUUGGUACCAUUUCUAUCCCAUUUUUGUGUUUGUUUAUCAGCCCACUGGUGUGGCAGUGACUGCAGGAGCAGCUGUGGGUGUCAGGAGAAGGAGCUGAUGAGUGAGUUUGGUGAUGGAGGCUUUGCCUGCAGACUGAACCCCUUUUUCCUGUGCUGCUGCUGCCACAGGGAACUGGCUGUGAGCCAGGAGAGCCUUGCAGAGGCUCCUUCCCUAAGAGAAAUGUUUAACUCCGGGCUGGAAUUUCGUGUGGGGCAGGCAGUGCUGACCUCUCUGUGAUGUCUCUGCUGAGUUUGGUUGGGCUGGCCCAGGCUCUCCUUGGGGUGGCUCUGAACACUGAGAAUGUUCCUGCUUCAGCCCCCAGAGCCCCAUCUGCUGAGUGGCUGUCACCAAAUGGCUGCUGAGUGCUGGGAGGGUUUUUCCUGUCCAUCUAAAGCUGCAUUUCUAAUGUAGAUCUGGUGUUGGACCUUGUGCUGUGUGUGGUGCAAGGGGGCAGCUGAAUUAAUCCCCUCAUUCCUGGCAAAAUGUGCUUGAGAGGAUGAUGGCAGCUACACACAGCCAGAAUUUAGCACCUACAGAGGUGCUAUUUGUGCCUUUAAAAACUUUACAUUCCUUGUAUAUAAAACUGGAAGAUGAUUGGGUGACUGUGUUUCAUCCUGUCAGCUGAAGGGUAUUUUUCCAGGGCUUGUGAGGAUUUACAGGAGUUUCUGAGCAGGUUCUUGUGCCCUUCCUGGAUUUGGUUCUGGGUACAGCCCUGCCAUUAUUUGAGUUGUUUCUGUGCCAGGCAGCAGCAGAGCUGUGCAGGAGCUCCCCUGCCUGCUCCUGCUGCUGCACUGCUCACUAGGGAGUACAGAAAAUCAGGUUUUGUCUUCUAAUACUAAGCCAGGUAUCUUCAAGAUGGCACAGAUACCAAGCUCAGAUUGAGAAAGGGUUUUAAAUGUUUUCAAGUAACUUUUAUUCAGUCACUGUUCUUGUAAUUAAUUAUGGUCAUUUCUUCCCUUUCCUUCAAAGCAGCUCAGCCUCUCCUGGUUGUCACAAACUCUUAUCCAGGUAGAAAUAGAAAGUUUAUCACUUCAGAGCCACUUCUCAAUAUCUACACAUCAGAUGCUGGCAGGCUUCAUGAAAUGUGAAACAAACCCAGAAGUUGUGUGAAAUGAGGCAGAACAAAGUGGGAAACCCCACCUGUCUGAGUGAGCAGCUCCAUUUUGUUCCCUUCUGCUCACUUAAGGUGACACCCUUAUUUUACCCCAGGCCUUUGUCCUUUUUAUGCUGAGUAGAUGCACUGGAAAAGUGAAGUUCCUCAGGCUGCUGUGGUCACUGCUGCAGGUGACCAAAGAGAGAAUAGGCAGCCCAGUGUGUGGUAGUUCUUUUAACCUGCAAAUGGCUCUUGAGGGGAAACCCACUGCAGCACCUCCUUUGUUUUCUGUGCCCUGAUCUUCAUCCAGAGGCUCCACCAUCAUCACUGCCUGCAAGGGCUGCACCAUCAAACCUCUGCUGCCUGCCCUGCCCGCACCCUCCAUCCCAGCAUUGCAGGAGGGAUUCAUCCCACCGAGUCCCAUCAGCACCAAGGAUCCUGCAGCUCUGGGAGCUGCCCAGUGAUUGCAGCUGAUCCUGUGUGUAUCCCACACUGCCUGUGCUGGUGUGGCAGCACUGCAGGGCCCUGAGCCCUCCGUGCCAGGAGCAGCCCCGCUGCUCCCUGUCCCUCUCUGGGUGUGCUGUGCUGCAGUUCUGUUCAGAGGGGCUGGGAAUUGUUCCGGUUUCAGUCUCAGUUCUGGUGUCAGUUGUGUGACUGGAGGUGUUCCACACCAGCCUGGAGCAGUGUGGAGGCAGCAAGGGAACGGCCUCAGCCCCUCCAGGGCUGUUUUCCCUGCUGACCAUUGGAUCUACACUGCAGCUUCCUCAGCUGUGAGCAGCUUUUCCAAGUGAUGUCACCAUGGGAAAGGAGGGAAUGCUUUGUUGGACUUUGAUGCCUCCAUUGUUAUCUAAAAUAACUGACCACUAACAGCCACCUCCUCACCUCUCCCCUCCUCUCCCUUUUACAUUCAGGUACAAAACCCAGACAGAGCCUUGUAUUGAUGUUUCUCUGUGUGGAAUUGUCAAAAUCCAGUCCUGGGCCGGCACAUCCUGCCCAGGGAAGCAGGAUUUGUGCAGGAUCACUGCACUGCCAGGUUCCUCUUGCUGAGCUGGAAGGUUUUGGAGUAGGAUAAUCUUGUUUUCCUUCAAGCAGGGAGCAGUUCUGGAUGUUUGAGGAGGCUGUACCCGGUGUGUGUGGGGUGCGGUCACUGGUGAGGAUCAGGAAGCUUCCAAAUCUCACUAUGCAAUGAAUGUUUGCAUUUGUUUUUGGGACAAACAGGGAUGGAUUCAGCAAAAUCCACACCAGCUGCAGCUCUGGAGUUCUAGCUGCUGGUCUGGACUGAAAGCACAAUGUGAUGCACAAAGUCUGUAAUAUGAUAUGAAUGUAAAAUGUCAAGGAGAAAAAAAAAAAAAAAGUACUAUUUGUCCCCUGAAGUUAGCUAUGAAGAAGGAUGUGCUGAGCAGUUACUCUGGGCAGAGUUACUCUGCUGAGCAGUUACUCUGCUGAGCAGUUACUCUGUGCAGAGCUGGUGCACUCAUGGAAGGGUUUAAUUAGCAGGGGAAGGAGCCACUGCUGACCUUGUUUAUUAAGCCGGAAUUAAUUAACUCAAAAGGGUCACGUUUUCAUUUCAGUGACUCGUGUGGUACAGAUUUCUGAAAUGGAUCUUGAAAUGGUACUUGAAAAUACCUCAAUUUUAUUGAUAUCUUUCCAAUUCUGUCAGCUUCUGCUUUAUAGAGAACAGUUGCAAACCUGAACUCGUUGUGAGCAGCUCACUGGAGGUGUUUGCAGGGCAGAGGGGCUGUUUGUGUUCCCAGCCUGCUCUGUCAGACCUGCACUGGCUCUGCCCCGUGCUGCAUUCCCUGGGCACAGGCACUGAGCUCACACCCCUGCUGCAGGGUUUUAGUCUCUCUUUAAUCCUUUUUCCAUCCCACUUUGAGUCUUCCCUCUUCCUCCUGAACAUACAGUAAGGUAUUUUCAGCUUUGAGCUGCUUGUGCUGUUUUUUUGGGUACUGUGAAGUACUUUGGUGUCAUUUUAUGCAGUUGUGCCAUGUAUUUUAUUUGUAAUUAAUCUGUUUGUCCGGUAUUGGUUUGUGUUUCCCAUCAUCAGGCCCAGCUGGUUUUGCUUAGACCAGGAUCCCACCUCCUGCAUUUUCUCUUUCCUAAAAGCCUCAUUUCUUUAUUCUCCAGCUUCCAUUUGGGAUGUAAACCUUGUGAAAUAAAAUGUGAGUUUACAUUUCAAAUACAAGCCUGUAAGUUGCUCAUGCCUGCAUGCUCCUUAAAAUACUAAUUUUUUUCUGUAUGAGGUUUUAAGAUUUACAGCAGCAUUUGUAAAACUUCAGGGCGUAAUAGCCAUUGUUAAAAAGAAAAGGAAAUUAUGUUAAGGAGAGGGAAAAAACCCCCACAACCCCCAAAAAAUCCAACAGAAAGGACAAAGGGAUCAUCUCUGCUGCUUCUUGCAGCUGUGCAAUACAGCAAUGCCUGCGUGCAUGCAGUGCUGGUGUCAGAGCGCCCCUGGAACACGCAGGCACCGACCUGAGGCCUCCCUGCUGCUCCACAACCUCCUGAAGCACCUCCUUGAGUUAAACCUCGGACCAAGCCCCAGGGAAGCCUGAAACCCAACAAAAUCAGCCUCCCCCUCUCCUCUGUAACCUGGGGAAGGUGUGCAGCCUUCUCAGCACCGCCCUCUGUUAGAGGAACAGAAGCCCAAAGGGAAAUGUUGGUUGGAAUUAUUUCCCCCCCAUUUUUUCUGGAGGAUCCGGGAGCCUCCAGGCUGUGUCCCAGAAGUCCCUCGGGAGCUGCAGCGCUGGGCAGGGACUGAGCUGGGGCAGGAGGUGGAACCUGCUGGUCCUCUACUCACAGAGAUACUCCAGAGUGAUUCCAAACCCAUUGCUGGAGCAGGGAACUUUGGGUUAGGAACACAGGAAGUAGGACAGGUCUUGUUAUUGUAUAAAUUUAUAAUCUGCCUGCUCAGAUGGCUGCUGCUCAUCUGAAAAUGCUGUUUGUGGUGCACAUGGGUCCCUCAGAGAUAGAACCGAGCUAAAUCUCAGGAUCACAGAGUGGCAGAGCCGUGGUGUUGUGCAUCAGGAGGGUUUCACUUCCUCCCAGGAAAGCACUGGAAAAUGGGGCUGGAGCAGAACCCCCAGUGCAGGGGCUCUGUGGGUCAGGGGGAUCAGCACUGCCAUUCCCCAUGGAGCCACAGGAUCAGGAACAGCAAUCCCCUGCAGUGGUCUGUAACUGCAUCCAGCUGCUGUUUAGGAACCCAGCAUGGCCUGGGGCGGGCAGUUCUACUCAGAACUGGGGGCUUUAUACACAUCCCUCCCCACUAGUUCAAUGGGAAGUAAUUAUAUUCCAAGGAAUGUCACACUGGGAUUGCUGCCCACCUUUGGGGUUUGUGUUUAAUGCUGCUGCUGCUGCUGGCAUUGAGACUUUUGAUAUCAAAUGGGUUUUUACAAAAGCUUUGGGUACUCGUUUUUACUGUCGGACCAAUGUUCUGACUAUGCUGAUGCUCUGUGGAGUUUCACUGGCAUUUUCCAAGUGUUUGUACAGUUUCUACAGCUGAAUAUCCUGUAUGUUCUGCUUUGUUGUUUUUUAUUAUGGUUUAUACUGCACUGCAGGCAAGGACUGCAUUAAAACCAGUUUUGGCUAA